UAAUGGAGGAUUUGCGAAGCACAUCCGCCUGCUGACAUGCAGCGCAGGGGGACGGACCGAUGCGGCGUGAACCCGGAACCAUCCGGGAAGCUGUGCCGGUUCCGAAGGAGAGCAGCUGUCCGCUGGCUUUUCGCGUCCAAAAUGUUUAGGCACCUCUGGACCUUUCGGCGAGUCUCCGGGCGGCCACUCUGCACCAGCGCAGGCAGGCAGACGGGAAACAAGGUUCCGCUGAAUCAGAGGGCUUUGCAGGACAGCGCGAUGCCUGUUCACCUAAAAGGGGGUAGCGGUGAUACCCUGCUCUACAGGCUGACCAUGGGGCUUACAGUCUUGGGAUCCGGAUACGUUAUAUAUGAACUGGUUAAGGCCACAUUGCCGAAGAAGACCGAGUGAAUGUUUCUUUCUCCCAUUUAAUCCCCCUUCCCCUCCCCUCCCCUCCCCUCAAUCACCCUGGGUGUUUCCAUGAUUAAUAGAAACAGUGACACUUUCUAAAGGUAUCACUUUCAGCUUGUUGUACUGCAGAUAAAUAAAAUCGGGUUUAUUGCCAUGUC